AUGCCUCCUCCGGCAGAAGCACCACAGGCGACUUCGUCCCACAUGAUGAAGACGACAAAACGCGGCAGGCCAUUCCUCAAGCUGACCACAAAUAGGCAAUACUUCCGUACUUUCCCCAAUUCUUUCACCACCGACGAUGCGGCGAGGAACCUGGCGUCGCUGAAAUUUUCGCAAUCGAAUCGUGGACCAGAUCCCCGAGAACCAUCUCGCAUUGUCACGACCACGACUACCACGACCUUCUCCAUGACUCGUGAUAUGGCCAAGGCGAUGUGCCAGCAGUUCAUGGAUGCACGUCUCAUUGAGAACGCGGCGGAUCCUGGCUCCAACCUCUUCAAGGAGCGUGGCGUGUACGUGCUGACGCCGAAGGGUCUCCACGUCCUUGAACGGUUCAUGAGCAAGAACGGCAUCAAUGGCGACCACCUCGCCCGUGUCUUUUCCUCUCAACCAAUCUGCAUGAAGCUGCUGCAUCUCGAGCGACGGUCAGUCGACGAUGAGAUCAUCGUCUCACACUCUGCCAUCACUGCCCUUUUUCGUCGCUUCGUCGGUCGCCAGCCUAACUAUCCUCCUGAGUACAUGGAGACCAUGGAUGCGUUCCAGAAGUAUCACGAACGGUCGAAGGGCGUAGCAUUGAUGGACGUGUCUGAGAAGGGGGCGAAAGGCCCGGUCGUCCACAAGCACUGCUUCGCUGCCGUGACGGCUUUGGAGUGGCUAUGCGACUUUACGUCCGUCAUCGGUAGGGAAGAGGCGGCCGAGAUGGCGGCGCAAUUUGUGCGGUUCGGCCUCAUCACCCUUGUUUCCGACAAGCGAAAGAACAACGACUCCGCUAUCAUCUUCACCGUUCGUGGUGCUGCUGGCGGUGCGAACUCGUCCAUCUCUCAACAUGGAGAGUUCCGUUGUACAGCGAAGGCCAUCUAUCGCGUCACCGACGAAGGUCGUCGACUUGCCCGUUGGGACAUGCCUGAUGGUGCUCGGCCAUCUCCGAACAGCUCCGCGGCGAACGUCUCGAAUGCAGCGCGGACAUCGGAGGAUCACAGCGUCGACGCAUCGACCGCUGAGGGUGCCGCCUCAACUGAUGCGAAGAUACAUCGCCGCAUCUCCAUGACGGAGAAGUUGAACGCAAGUUACGACCCCGAGAAGAAAGCGCACAAGGAGUCCAACACGGACCGUCUCAAGUUCAUCAUGGAGGAGCCACAGCUGCGUGCGCUCUUCCGUGAUUUCCUCCGGAGCAACUUCUGCGAGGAGAACCUGUCCUUCUACCUCGACGUUCAGGAUUUCAAGAAGUCCUUCAGCACGACAUCUAGCGCUAUCGCUGCGAAUCCCGCAGGGAGAGGAGCUAAGAGCACGCCUGGUCAGCUGGCUAUGGAGAAACAUCACGAGGCUCUCAUCCAGAAGGCUUUCGUCAUCUACAACACGUACUUGGCACCGUCUUCGCAAAGCGAGCUCAACAUCGAUCAUGGUCUUCGGAACGAGCUCUCGGGUUACCUCUCGGACGUCAUCCAGAGCUUGACGGGCAAGACCUUCCAAGGUCGUGUCGAGCUGGAGCAGGCCAACGCCUUCAAUGCAACGCAGCUGCAGACAAUGAUUCGUCUGUACGAACGUAUUCAGACGCACGUUUUCCGCCUUAUGGCUACGGACUCUGUCCCGAAGUUCAUCAAGACUCCGAGGUUCCUUGCGCUCAAGAUCAAGUUGGUUGAGGAAGAUGACGGUCCUCUUGCGGACUUCCCUUUGAUGAAUUCGAGCGCGUCGACACCGACGGUACCACCAGGACUGGAGGCCAGCGAGGAGGAGGUUGGAGGGGCGUACGUGACGAUAUCGCAAAGAGCAGUGACUCAAGAGCGCACUCAGGAGCGCCCUCCGGCGAUUGAACACCGGUGACAUGGUUGACUCGUUGAUCGAUCCCAGUCGGUUGGCGCACUCCUAUGCAUCUCAUUCUCGCUCUUGAUAUCUUAUGCCCCAUGUCAGUCUGCAACAGUAUAUGCCUCGCCAUGCAUCCAAGCUCGUACAUCUGUCAUCAUACUACAGUCCUCAUAGUUGUCACGCUGUGUCAUUCAAUCAAUUCUCGCUACGUCCUGUUCGUCUCCACAGGCGGGGUCCUCGUUUACUGAUCAUCGCUCAUCGUCAUCUACGCUUGGCACAUCUUCUAUCCAGGCUUGGUCCUCAGUACUUUUGCAUUUUAUUCUCCGGCAUACAUCCACAUCUCCCUCUCGUACACAUCCCC